UCUGUCCCUCUCGGACUAAUGCAAUCAAUAAUACCUAAUAUUUUGUGGUACAUGCGUUUGCCAUUUUCGAUUCGACUUCCCUGUAGCUAACAUACUUGUUUGGUUCCUUGUCUUCGUCGUGACCCCCUCCCCAUACUUAAACCCUCGACACAUCCUACAAUCUUGAUCCUGAAUCUUUUUCCCUACUUCUCUCUCCAGCACGGUCUCUCUUCCUCAACUACGACUCAUUCAAGAACUCUUCAUAACCACUAACUCACAUCUCAAUACACAUUCAUCAAUCAUGGCUCCCAAGGUCGCUAUCGUCUAUUACUCCAUGUACGGCCAUAUUGCCCAAUUGGCCCAGGCAGAGAAGAAGGGUAUUGAAGCAGCAGGCGGUACUGCUGAUCUCUACCAAAUCGAAGAGACCCUCCCUCAAGAAGUGUUGGGCAAGAUGCACGCCCCCGCGCAAGACACCUCGAUCCCCUUCAUCACCCCGGACAUCCUCAAGACCUACGAUGCGUUCCUGUUCGGGAUCCCCACCCGUUACGGCACCUACUCGGCCCAGUGGAAGACCUUCAUCGACAAGCUCGGCCAGCUGUGGAUGACGGGUGCGCUGUACGGCAAGUACUUUGGCCUCUUCGUCAGCACCGCGACCGCCGGUGGAGGCCAGGAAUCCACCUGCAUCAAUGCCCUUUCUUCCUGGGUUCACCAGGGCAUGAUCUACGUCCCCCUCGGUUACGCCACCACCUUCCAGAUCCAGAGCGCCCUGGACGAGGUCCGAGGUGGUUCCCCCUGGGGCGCAGGCACUUUUGCGUCCGGUGACGGUAGCCGCCAGCCCAGCGCCCGCGAGAUCGAACUGGCCACCGCCCAGGGUAAAGGGUUCUGGGACCACGUCAGCAAGGUCAGCUUCGGUGCGGCGUGACUAGAUGGCAGCGCCAACGGAGAGAAAAAGGAGGAGACCGCGGCUGCCCCAGCAGCAGGGACAGGAACCGCGACGGCAGCCGCAGAAGGGAAGAAGGAGACUCGCGCCCAGAACAACACAAACACAAACCCCGACACCGACGAUAAGCCAGAGAGUGGUCCUUGUGGGUUGCCCAAGAACUGCGUCAUUCUGUAAACCACACACGCACGGCCCAAAGGAACGGGAAGGUGAGAGACGAGGGAGAUGCCCGAUAGAAUGUAGAUGUUGAGCGUAGAAAAAAAGAGGUCCACAUGUCAAAAAGAUACUUCAAGACACUCAGCAGUGGUGAUUUAAAAGAGAACCAACCCAUAUGUAAUGUACGUAGAACAAAGUUCACAUAUAAUAUUUCUACCACAUCGGAUGUCAUUCGGUAUGCAAAC